CGCGAGAGACCCCCGGGACCCUCUGCUCGGCCCGCGUCGCGGUGCCUCCCCGGACUCCCGGCGGCCGAGGAGCGGACCGGAGCAGGAGCAUGGGGCGGGCUGCGGCCGCGGGGACCGGCGCUGGAGGCGCGCGCCGCUGGCUGCGCUGGUUGGAGCUCUGCUUUUGGGCGGCGGGGGCUGCGGCUGCCCGAGGAACCGACAAUGGCGAAGCUCUUCCUGAAUCCAUCCCCUCAGCUCCCGGGACAUUGCCUCAUUUCAUAGAGGAGCCAGAUGAUGCUUAUAUCAUCAAGAGCAAUCCCAUUGCACUCAGGUGCAAAGCAAGGCCAGCCAUGCAGAUAUUCUUCAAAUGCAAUGGCGAAUGGGUCCACCAAAAUGAGCACGUGUCUGAGGAGAGUCUAGACGAGAGUUCAGGCUUGAAAGUCCGGGAGGUGUUUAUCAAUGUCACCAGGCAGCAGGUGGAGGAUUUCCAUGGGCCAGAGGACUACUGGUGCCAGUGUGUGGCAUGGAGCCACCUGGGCACCUCCAAGAGCAGGAAGGCUUCAGUGCGCAUAGCCUAUUUACGGAAAAAUUUUGAGCAAGACCCACAAGGAAGGGAGGUUCCUAUUGAGGGCAUGAUCGUGUUGCACUGCCGCCCACCUGAGGGAGUCCCUGCUGCAGAGGUAGAAUGGCUGAAAAAUGAGGAACCCAUUGAUUCUGAACAAGACGAGAACAUUGACACAAGGGCUGACCAUAACCUAAUCAUCAGGCAGGCAAGGCUCUCUGACUCAGGGAAUUACACCUGCAUGGCAGCCAACAUAGUGGCCAAGAGGAGAAGCCUGUCAGCUACUGUGGUGGUCUAUGUGAAUGGAGGCUGGUCUUCCUGGACAGAGUGGUCAGCCUGCAAUGUUCGCUGUGGUAGAGGAUGGCAGAAACGUUCCCGGACCUGCACCAACCCGGCUCCUCUCAAUGGUGGGGCCUUUUGUGAGGGAAUGUCAGUGCAGAAAAUAACCUGCACUUCUCUUUGUCCUGUGGAUGGGAGCUGGGAAGUGUGGAGUGAGUGGUCAGUCUGCAGCCCAGAGUGCGAGCAUCUCCGGAUCCGAGAGUGCACAGCACCACCCCCAAGGAAUGGGGGCAAGUUUUGUGAAGGACUCAGCCAGGAAUCUGAAAACUGCACGGAUGGGCUCUGCAUUCUAGAUAAAAAACCUCUUCAUGAAAUAAAACCCCAAAGAUGGAGUAGGAGAGGCAUCGAGAAUGCCAGCGACAUCGCUCUAUAUUCAGGCCUGGGUGCCGCGGUCGUCGCCGUUGCAGUCUUGGUCAUUGGAGUCACCCUUUACAGACGGAGCCACAGUGACUACGGCGUGGACGUCAUUGACUCUUCUGCAUUGACAGGUGGCUUCCAGACCUUCAACUUCAAAACAGUCCGUCAAGGUAACUCCCUGCUCCUGAAUCCUGCCAUGCAGCCAGACCUUACAGUGAGCCGGACAUACAGUGGUCCCAUCUGUCUACAGGACCCACUGGACAAGGAGCUCAUGACAGAGUCCUCACUCUUCAACCCUCUGUCAGACAUCAAAGUCAAAGUCCAGAGCUCCUUCAUGGUUUCCCUGGGAGUGUCUGAGAGAGCUGAGUAUCCUGGCAAGAAUCGCUUGGGGACCUUUCCCCAUGGAAACAACUGUGCCUUUAGUACAGUGCAUCCCAGAAACAAAACACCCUUUAUCCAAAACCUCUCAUCACUGGCCACGAGGACAGAACUGAGGACAACUGGUGUCUUUGGCCACUUAGGGGGACGCUUAGUCAUGCCAAAUACAGGGGUGAGUUUACUCAUACCACAUGGUGCCAUUCCAGAGGAGAAUUCUUGGGAGAUUUACAUGUCCAUCAACCAAGGUGAACCCAGCCUGCAGUCGGAGGGGUCUGAGGUCCUCCUGAGUCCAGAAGUCACUUGCGGCCCUCCGGACAUGGUCGUCACCACCCCCUUUGCACUGACCAUCCCUCACUGUGCAGACGUCAGCGCAGAGCACUGGAACAUACACUUAAAGAAGCGGACUCAGCAGGGCAAAUGGGAGGAAGUGAUGUCAGUGGAAGAUGAAUCCACAUCCUGUUACUGCCUUCUGGAUCCCUUUGCCUGUCACGUGCUCCUUGAUAGCUUUGGAACCUAUGCCCUUACAGGCGAGCCAAUUACAGACUGUGCUGUGAAGCAACUCAAGGUGGCAGUCUUUGGCUGUAUGUCCUGCAACUCUCUGGAUUACAAUUUGAGAGUUUACUGUGUGGAUAACACCCCUUGUGCAUUUCAGGAAGUGGUUUCAGAUGAAAGGCAUCAAGGUGGACAGCUACUGGAGGAACCAAAGUUGCUGCACUUCAAAGGGAACACCUUCAGUCUCCAGAUCUCUGUCCUUGACAUUCCUCCAUUCCUCUGGAGAAUUAAACCAUUCACUGCAUGCCAGGAAGUCCCAUUCUCUCGCGUGUGGUGCAGUAACCGGCAGCCCCUACACUGUGCCUUCUCCCUGGAGCGCUACACGCCCACUACCACGGAACUGUCCUGCAAAAUCUGCAUCCGGCAGCUCAAAGGCCAUGAACAGAUCCUCCAAGUGGAGACAUCCAUCCUAGAGAGUGAACGAGAAACCAUCACUUUCUUUGCACAAGAGGACAGUGCUUUCCCUGCACAGACUGGCCCCAAAGCCUUCAAAAUCCCCUACUCCAUCAGACAGCGGAUUUGUGCUACGUUUGACACUCCCAAUGCCAAAGGCAAGGACUGGCAGAUGUUAGCACAGAAAAACAGCAUCAACAGGAAUUUAUCUUAUUUUGCUACACAAAGUAGCCCAUCUGCUGUCAUUUUGAACCUGUGGGAAGCUCGUCAUCAGCAUGAUGGUGACCUUGACUCCCUGGCCUGUGCCCUUGAAGAAAUUGGAAGGACACACAUGAAACUCUCGAACAUUACAGAAUCCCAGCUUGAUGAACCCGACUUCAACUACAGCAGGCAAAAUGGACUCUAGUCAACUCCCUUAGGAGGCAGAAGGAUGGCCAGCUUUGGGACAUUGUUUUAAAUGGAAAAGAAAGAGGCAGCUUUCUACCCAGUGGCAUUUGGGAAAUUCAGCCUUUAUGAUCAGUGAGAUUCCUUGGUUGAAGAAACUGAAAUUUGUAUAGAUGAAAGAUGUUAGUAAUGAAAAGUAAAAGCUCUUUCAGACACAGGAGAGUUGUACUGUCUCCUCUGAAGCCACACACAGGUUAACACUAGAUGCCAUCCUCAGAUUUGGAGUGGCAAGGAUAGAAGUGAGGGCAUAUCUACACUGAAGUAGCUGUGGGAAGAGAUGAGCUACGAUAAACCUGGGAAGGCAGAAAUUGAUUAAGUGCAUGUUCUGAGACAGGUUUUGAAUGAUGUGCUCUAUAGGACCAGCUGAUUCUGGUGCCAGAUGGUCAAAGUUCUCUACCAACUAGCAUCUGUGAAUUUGGGAUUGUAAAACUGGGUUUUAGAAGUGAGAUAGGGUUGUCAAACCAUUUGUAUGACUUCACCAGUGUCAAGGAGGAGAUAUACAAUUUAGAAUCUGAAUCUUUUCACACCAGCACCAAUUUCCUGUUUAUACUAGCCGCUUAAUGGAGACAAGACUUAAAAAUAAGAUAGACCACAAACUAGUUCUUGUAGUAUACCUCAUCUUCAUUUUUCCCAGAGAUAAACUUACCCAUUUCUUCUCAUCUUCCUUUACCCAGUGGAGAAGAAAGAGUUCAAGGAACAUAGUAAGACCUUUGGAUAUGAAAAUUGAUUUUAUCUGAUUUAACAUGAGCAUCUCUGUUCCCAGAUUAACCACUCAAAUUUCAGAGUGCUAUUAGAACACAGCUUAUUACAUGGGUAUGGAGAUAGUAAAGGUCUAGCCAGGUCAAGGGAUACAUAUGAGCUACAGAUGUCACAGUUCUUAAAUAAGCAGUCACUCUGGGAGACAGAUGUUGAUCCAGUUUGACAGUAGUUUUGUGAUAAGGGAAUGAGGAGUUUUACUGUCCUUUCCAACUCAAGUUCUAGAAAUUUUCCAACCUUUUGGUCCUAGAUCAUCACAAAACCUCGCAGUAGGGCCAUGGAUCAUCUUCCUUUUGCCUCUUGGGGAAUUAGCAGAUAGUCUUUGCUCUGAGUGACACCUGAGUAAACAGACCGAAGGAAUACCUCUACCAUGGUGUCCCAGGAACCACAUGGAUCCUGCAGGAGCCUUCAAGCUCUGGCUGCUCACCUUCACCACAUGGUUUUCUCUAUAGAACUACUUCACUUUAUAAUUUUUUUAAAAGAGGAGGCAGUAACAUUAUAGAGAAUUAAAAUUCACAGAUAAUUCAUGACGCUCAUCUUAACUCUUGACUCCAUUUUUUUUUUUUUUUUUACCCUAUGCAGUUAUUUUUGACAAGAUAUCCUGGUAGGCUAAAGAUGAACAUGCUACUGCCCAUUAGCUAGUUGAUGUCAGGAGCAGUCCACAAUCAGGACAACCAAAGUCAAGAACCAAGAUUAACUACAAGGCACCUAAUUAGUUCCUUAGAGGUUGGCUACAUUAGAAUAGAAUAAAAAUAGGUAGGGAAUGAGGGAAAUAGUAUUUGACAAUGGGCAUAUAAUCAUUUUUUUUAAAUCUUAUAGGUCCCUUUUUUGAAAAGAAAGUAUUGUGGAUCUCCUCCCAAGUGGAAAAAGAGCUGAAGACAGGUUGAAUUUAUAAUACCAUGGAUAAGCAUUGAAACAGUGUUCAAUGCCUUGGCCACUUCCUCUAACUAAUGUGUGGUAUAUAUGGUCCCCUGGAUUAGACAGAAAGCUUUACUAUACAUAACUCAAAAGCAUCUUGCUUUUCUCAGGAACCAAAGGCUUAUUACAUAGAACAAAUCAUCUUAGAACCAUCGAGCAUAUUUUCAAAAUAUCAUCACUAAGUCAGGAGAACACCCUUUUGCUAAUGUGCUCCACUUGUUUAUUUCUUCUAGGGAACAAUUCAGAGACAGUAUGAAAAGAUAAAUCACUUGAUAUUACUAAUAUGACUUUUGAGAGAAAGUUGGAGAUGGAUGGCUAGUCAUCAGAGAGUUAUACCAGAGAGUUGACUGGCCUGAUUGGGGCAGAUGAAGUCUGCAUUAAUCUGUGGAGGAAUAACCUGUUUAAAGCACAUGACAGACCCUAUGUUAACAUACACUUUGGAGGAUUUUGUUUUAAAUCAUCUUACAUGUUUUUCCUCUUUUCUUCUAGUUGGCCAUAUAACUGUUGUAUGUAUUCUAUGAAUCUACACAGGUCCUUUGUAGAAUUUUUGUCUUUUUUUCUUUAAAGAGAUGAAAAAUUUAAGUGACUUCCCUUCCCUUGGGACCUAUCUAGAUUAUUUUAAAAUGAGAUGAGAUGAUUGUUAAGCCCUGUAUGUCUGGAAUUUCCUCCACUUUGGGGGAUUUUUCUUUGGGUCUGGAUUUAACAAUGAAAUUGAUCAUCACAUGGCAUAGAGUAACAAAGGGAGAGGUUAAUAUGAUUCACCUCAGAUUUCAGCUCAAGGUUCAUUCAAAUUCAUCGUUCCAUUCAUAUUUUUCCUUUACAUUUCUUUCUUCUGCUAUUAUACUACAUAGGAUUUCUAUAUUAAUGUAUGAGAUUCUGUGGUCAUUGAAUAUUAAGAUUGUGCAGUGCUAUACAAAAGAAUUUCAAAGAGAACCCAUGUUUGUGAGAUUUAUAGACCAAGGUGUGUAUGUGGCAGGGAAAGGGAUUGCAGGUCAGAUAAAGUCUUAGUUCACAUUUGAACUCAUGGUUAUUUACUGUGACCCAAAGCUUUUUCUAUGAUAUUUACCUGUCAUAACACAAAUACUUCUCUUGACAGAUAUUUACUCAUUAGUCUAAGCACUCAAUUUGGAAGUCUUAUGAUCUGAGUGAAAAACUGAAGCCUAAAGUAAAAGUGGCCCUAAAUACUUUAUAGGUUGAUUUUUCAAAACAUCCCACUUAAGGCCAAAUCUCUCAGUGUUCAAAGACAUUUAAGUCUAACAGUCAUGCCUUAAACAUGACUAAAAAUCAUGCCACCAAAAUGGCACAAUUCACAGCUUUGCCAGACAGCAUCAUUAAAGCUAAUUUAUACUUUUUACAACAUUGCUGUACAGUCUUACUGGCUUACAUUAAAAUCCUUUAAGCCAAAAGGAAACUCACUAUAUAGAUUUAAAUGCAAACUUCAUUUACUGGUGCAGGAAGUCUCAUAAAAUUCAGAUGUACUCCCACAAAAAUUUUAUUGGCCUUUUUGUAAAAGAUGAAAAGAAUUGAUACCGUUCCCUUUAAAGAGGGGACUUUUCUCUUACUUUUGUUCUGACUACAGAAGUUAUCCUUUGUCAUGGUCCUCAUAUUUUUCUUUCAGUUGGCUUUAAGAGGGAAUGUUAAGUCAUAUUGCUAAAACAAGAUUCUCUUCGGAUUAAAGUCCUGGAUUAACUGCAGUUAUUUUGCUUGAUAAAAAUUCUCAACACCAGGAUUGAUAAACAAAGUAGAUAGUAACAUGUUAUAAUAGGUUUUAGAUAAUGUUUCUCUACUUGCCAACUUUUGACAAAUAUACCUGUGAAUUCCAUAAUGUUAUAAAUUCUCUUGAAAUGUAUUUGUUUUUCCUUUUAGCCAUUUUCUCUUUAAUUUCUUGGUCUCUCUGCCCUCUGUGACUGUGUUGAACGAUCUAGCAGUCAGAUUUGCUGAAGAUGAUGUUCCCUGAGGUCUCUGUUUCAGCUCUGUAAAGGCUGCAGGAAGCAGGAAGUUGCUGAGCAGCAUGCCUGUCUGGCCCACUGCGUGGCCCAUUUUCAUUCUGUUUCCUCAUGAAACAUUGCAAUGUUCGAAUCCGCAGUAGCUCCCCAUUGACUGGACUCAAGGUGACAGCUACAGCAAAUGGGAGAGCAAAAUGAUGGCAUGCAGAUGGUGAAAAAAUUUUCUUAGCCUUUUGGUGUUUGUUGCCAUAGCGCUGUAUUUGAAAAUUGAUGCUUUAGCCAACAGCUGAAUGGCCACCUUUUCCGUAGUUUCCACUAUUUUGUCUGCAUAGACUUUUUCCUGAACUACAAGCAAAAACGUAUUUUGUCAAAUGUCACAAAAGUGAAAAUGUUACUAAUCUUAGAUGUGUUGCAUAUUUUGUGUUUCUCCUUUCCAAACUCUUUCAAAAGCUGCAGUUACAAAGCUGUUUGGCUGUAUCGACAGCAUGUGGUGUGUUUUGCAAAAGCAGUUCUAGGAGAGCCAGGGUUUCUCAUGGACUCCUUGCAUCCCCACUCCAGGGUCAUCAACAGAGUCAAAACAGCAAUUUAGAAUGCUGUCAUUUUUCAAAAGAUAAAAGGGGAUGGAAACCAGACCUGGCUAUUAGUCACUAGUGUGUAGUACUGUGAUCUGAAGUAGGAAAUUUAACUCACAUAGAAUAAUUGUGGUUUUUGAAGCAGCUACUCAUUGCUUUUUCCUUUUGCUGUUAAGAUCAUGGAUUUGGAAUGUCUUCAUGAGGUGGGCCUAAGACAAUAACAUUUAAACUUCAUGUCUUGGAACCUACCCUCAACUGAACCCAAAGAUUAAAAAGACAGUAAGCUUCAUGUUUAGGCCUAAGCUUAAAAAUUUCCUUCCCUAACCCUACUAUUAGGUUUAAUGGGGAUUAAGUUUUUUUUCCAGAAAUUUAUAUAUACUUUUGAUUACAGAAUAUAUCACUGAAAUUGGAAAGUUCUUUGAAUGAAUGGAAAUAUGUAUCAAAAUUAUUUUACAAAAGACCUGAUUACAAUGAAAAUUCCCUUUUUUCUUACAAUUUGCUAAUGGUACAAAAGCAUUUCAUUUAUGUCAAGCAUAUUUAAUUCCAAAUUCCAAAAGUGAACAAUUUAUUUAAUUCCUUGAAAACUUAGUAUCUAUUGCAGGUAGAGAUUAAAUUGUGGUUCUGGUGACUCAUCAAAGGAGAGAUGAUAUUUGAAAGACAUGUAUAAGUAGAAUAUCAUGCCUUAUGACUCACUUUAACAACAACACAGAUAUUCCAAUAAGAAUUGGAUCUAACAGUUCUAAUACGGCACAGUUCACCAGUUCUGAUGGUGCUGAGAGGGAGAACACAGGAUGCAGCCCCCUGACCCUCAUCUGAGAGACCCUGAAAACCAUCCUUCAGGAACAUCUUUGAGGCUCAUCCUCCACCAUGCUCCCACUCCACACUUCUCUGCAAGAAGUUGGGGAAACACUCAGACUGCCAAAAUUUUCUGGUCAGGAACACAACUUUCUCCUUUUAUUCAUUGGAGUAAUGACAGAAUUUCCAUCCUUCACGCUUGUAUUUGAUCAACACAUGCACUCAAAUCUUGACCUAGAAAUCUUGUAAACAUAAGCUGGUAGAAGAAAGUUGGCUUACUUUCUAACCCAAAUUCACACAUACAAAAAAAUUAGUUCUUAUGAACCUCCAUUUCUGUAUGGAAGAAUUUAAAACAGAUUUUAAUUUGUUCUGUUUAUUUUGGGAAGGUACAUGGGGGUGUUCUUGCAAGUGAUUCAUAUCUCAAACCCAUACCACUCUCAACUUUUAUUUGAUGUGUUCAAAGCCAAAACAAGUAUAAUUUGAAAAGUAAAGCUGAACACUAAAUUUGACAUGAAGCUGAAGGAGUGAGCAAGCCAGAAAAGAGUUUAAAUAAAGCAUGGCCUUGGCUUCAUACCACACUUUUUGUGCCUUGUAUUAUCAAUGUAAAUUCUGAAUGUUGUACAGUAAACUUGAACGGACUUCUUAGAGAAGGCUGCACUGGCUUCUUUUCAGCACAUGUACAGAUCUAUAAAUAUAUAUACAUAUAUAUUUGGUAAUGCCAAACAGCUGUGUUAUAUUGUACUGAACAAAAUGGACAGUUUGGAUGUUUUAUGUAGAGUUUGCAAAAAAAAAAAAAAAACUGGAUGGUUACAGACUUUUCAAGACAAAUGUACAGACGUAAAUAACCGCAUAUCAGUUAUUUAUGAAUAAAGUCUUUUAUUGACAUUUUAGGAUA